CCAAUCCCAAGCUCACCAAUGUAGUUUCCCUGAAAUUCCAGAUCUGAUCCCCCUUUAAUUUCCCUAACCAUUACUAACACCUCUUUUUCUUCUAGGAAAAUGGCGAAAGCACUUGUUUCUGCAAUUAUAAAGCAGCUAGUAAAAGUUAUUGCUGAAUAAAGUUGAAUUGGAUGGUUUGAUCGCCCAUCAAUUUUCUUUCACCAAUCAAUCAAUUAAUAUCUCUCUCUCUCUCUCUCUCUCUCUAUCAAAAUGGCCUCAGCACUUGUUUCUGCCAUCUUGGAGCAACUCGCUGCUAUCGCUACUGAGAACGCGUGGCAAGAGCUGAAGUUGGUGACAGGUGUUGAGAAAGAAGUCGAAAAGCUUGACAGGAAUUUUAAGGCCAUCCGCAAUACGCUUGAAGAUGCAGAGCAAAGGCAAAUUGUGGAGAAAAGCGUGAAAGGCUGGUUAGAUAAGCUCAAAGAAGUGUCUUAUGACAUGGAGGACGUGUUGGAUGAGUGGAGCACUGCACUCUCCAAGUUGCAAACAGAUCCUGAAUUAGAUGUAAGUGCUUCUAUUCCCAAGAGGAUGAAAACUUCCAUAACUUCAUGUGUUUCUUCUUUUUGUCAAGUUGUUAGGCGUCAUGACAUUGCUAGCAAAAUAAAAGGAAUCAAUGAAAGGCUAGAUGAGAUUGCUAAGGAGAAAGAUAGAUAUCAUUUGACAAAAAUAGAAACCAAACAAUUUAGACGAGUAGAGAGUACAUCUUUUGUUGAUGUGUCCAAGUUACAUGGUCGAGAAGAGAUUAAAAAGGAGGUACUGGAGAAACUGUUGAAUGGGACUAGUGAAGAAUGCUGCAUUCAGACCAUCUCUAUAGUAGGGAUGGGAGGGAUCGGAAAAACAGCUCUUGCUCAAUUGAUCUUUAACGACCAAGAAGUUCAAGCACACUUCGACAAUGUAAUUUGGGUGUGUGUCUCGGACUCUUUUGAUGGAAUCAAAAUUGCGAGAGCGAUUUUAGAAUGUCUUGAGCAGAAGUUACCUCUUGAUCAGAAGAUACUUGAAAAGCUCCCAAGUUCAACUUCCUUACAACAUUAUCUGACCAUAAUUCGUAAAAAAUCGAAAGUUCAAAAUUCCUGCUUGUUUUAGAUGAUGUGUGGAAAGACCGUGA